AUGGCGGACCCUGCGACCGCUGAGCUUCUGGAACCUGCAUUGGAUAAGAGGCACCGCAACUUCUUGUCCGCCGAGCACCAGACGGACUAUGGUCCUAUGAGCGGUUUUGCCAUAGGCAGGCCAGUGGUCGACCGCUCCCCGUACCCAGAGGAAUGGUACGGUGAGCCGGAGGAGGACGCGCCUACCAUGGCCUCGAUUUGGUGUCGUCAUUGGACAGCGGAGGCCCGUCACGGGGAGCCCUCCCUCCUCAGCGUAUUCAUGGACUACAGCGGGCACCCCAUCUUCCAUUCAAUCCUGGACCCUCCCGACGCCAUCGCGGACAGGCGCUUCCUCCUGUGGCACAAUGUGGGCGGCUACUGGGACCUGCUCGGCGUCCGCCACGGGCGCGCCCUCGUCUUCAACCGCACGCGGCACCAGUUCAUCGUGUGGGACCCCGCCACCGGCGACCGCCGCUGCGUGCCCGUCGCGCCGGGGUUUGAUGACAAGGAGAAGAUAGUCUUCAACGGCGCUGUGCUCUGCGCCUCCGGCGACCAGGGCCACGUUCACGGCGAGUGCCACUCGAGCCCCUUCCAGGUGGUCCUGAUAGACACCAGCAGUGAGAAAAGACAAGCAUUUGCUUGCAUUUACUCGUCGGAGACCGGAGUAUGGGGCGAUCUCAUCUCCACAGCGAUUCGCUAUAUUGAUACCAUAAGCAGUCCCAGCACCCUUAUUGGGAGUUCCUUCUAUUGGUUGAUUGAUGAUAUUGACGAGGGCAUACUUGAAUUUGAUUUGGAUAGGCACAGCCUUGCUGUAAUCGAACCACCCGAUAUGGAUACUCCAUCCGGUUACAACUAUCACAUCAUAAUUGCAGAGGAUGGUGGCGUUGGCCUCGCCGUUACUGUCGACUUUAGCUUGGACAUGUGGGAUAGGAAGGUCAAUUGUGAUGGCAUUGGCACAUGGGUGCUGCGGAAGACUGUUAAGCUGGAAGAGAUCACUGGGCUGUCUAGGAAUGAGAGAGGGCACAUGAUAAUACAUGGGUACGACGAAGAUGAUAAUGUGAUUUUUCUAAGGACGGACAAUGGGUGCUUCGUGGUCCAACUCGAGUCCAUGCAGUUUAGGAACCUUGGCAAAAGGGAUUUCAUCACCACCUGUGCCUAUCAUCCAAGUUUCUAUUCAUGUAGAGGUAGCUUCCUGUCUCUGAUUGGAAUAUUGAAGAAAAAAAUAUUUGGGAUUACACUAGGUAAUUCUGCAGCUAAUGAUACAAUGGUUGACAUGCUGAAGCACAAUUUGGUGCACAAGAAGGUUCUACCUGUCGAAGCAAAGUUGCUGCACAAUGGUUUGAAGUUUGUUGAUCCAAUUUUGGGUAAGAUACGUGAGUGUCAAGAGAUGGUUAUGAUGGCUGUGGAAGAUAAUGACCCAUUCACUGAUUGGUAUCAGCAUCUCAGUAACAAUAUUCUAGUGUCCACAGAACUAGAUAGAUACUUGAAUGAGAGCCCAAUUCAACAAUCUGAGUACUUUGACAUAUUGAAGUGGUGGAUGGUUUACGCACCCAUGUAUCCUACCCUUGCUAGCAUAGUACGGGAUGUGCUGGCGAUGCCUAUGUCUGCUGUUGCAUCGAAGUCGGCUUUCAGCACAAAAGGGAGAACUAUCAGUGACUAUCACAAGAGAUUGACCACAGAUACAACUGAGGUUCUCAUCCGAGCAUAA